ACUUUUUGUUUUAAUUCAACACGAGAUGUCCAAGAAGAAGAGCAUGGAUGUUUGCCUGCGCAGAUUGAAGCAGGAGCUGGUGUCCAUGAAGGAAGCAGGAGAUGGCCUCCAUGCUCAGAUGAAUUCCAUGAUGGGAGCCCUCCAGGAACUCAAGCUCCUUCAGGUCCAGACCGCUCUAGACAACCUCAACCUGACAGCUCCAGGACGGACACAUCUGCAGGACGCGACAGCUUCUGACACAACGUUCAUGAGUUUUUCGGAAGCAGAUCCCAGGUUGUGCUUGUCCAACGACCCCAGCCCAAGUCCAGAGCCAUCUACGGAGUUCUCACAAAGCAGAUACAGCGAAGGGACCCUCUCUUCAUCUAGUUCCAGUCUGGAGAUGGAUAGAAGCGAGGAAGGAGACCUGGAGGCCAUACCGCGGAGAUGGUCAGGCUAUGCGGCACCGCAGGUUGAUUUCUGCGGACCCACAGUAGGGAACCCUCCGCCCGAGCCCUACAUGCAGCCUCCCAAGCGUAACCAACCGGUGGAUCUGCCGGGCAUCCUCUACAGCCUCUCCAGAGAAGGUCCAUCCCUGGACAACGACUAUUCCCAGGACAGCACGGACGAUGCCGGCGACUGGACUUCGUCGCUCAUGAACCGCUGCCGCAAUCGCCAACCCUUAGUCCUGGGCGACAACGUCUUCGCCGACCUUGUAGGCAACUGGCUGAACUUGCCCGAGGUGGAACUGGAAGAAACAGGGGAGGAGGAGGAGGAGAAAAGGGAGGCGAGGGCAGCGGAUGGGGGCGGCGACAGACCAGACACACCGGCUCACCCACUGCGCCUCAGCCGAUCGCAGGAGAUCUGCAGGAAGUUCUCACUCACGACCAACAUCUUCAAGAAGUUCCUCCGAGGAGUCCGGCCAGACCGGGACAGACUGCUCAAAGAGAGGCCCGGCUGGAUGGCACCGGAGAUCUCCGAGGGCGUCCUGGUCAGGAGGCCCAAAAAAGCGGCUCCAAAAAGCUCAAAAGGCAGCUUCUACCUGCCUUUCUGGGCCAACGGACAGCAGAGUAAAGGGCGGCCAGAAAUGCAUCCGAGUAGCCAAAACCACUUCCAGCAGUUCCACGAGAAGCCGUUUGCGGGGGUAUACUUGGACCGGAGACCACCGGAGGGUAGACUGCGGAAGGUGCAGCCCUUGUUUGACUACAACACAGCUGUGUGGGUCUGAUGCCGCGCCAACAGACACCACAUUGGACCGGCAGCAGGUGCGAGCUGAAUGAACGUGUUAUCCAAAACAUGAACGUCACACUCACGGUCCUGGUGAUCAGGUUUUGUCUGACAAUCAGAAAACCUUCAACCUCUUUUGGCAGUGUCUUUUGUACAAUCGACAUGUUGUCAUUUAUUUCUGGCUGUCUGACUGGCUCUAUCUGAGAAGACGGUACUUUAACGGUUUUUACCAGACACGACACUCUUGGGUCGAAUAGGUUUGUGUUUCAUAUAUUGUAUGUUGUCACUAUACGCACACUUGAACAUUCUUUCAGUUUCCAAGAUGCAUUGGCAACUCUAAUUAAAACGAUUUUUUUUUUAAACAAUUUCAAACCCUCCCGGAUGUUUUAAGAACACGUUAGCCUGUUUUUAAGGGCAAGUCCUGUCUCGUGCAAGUGAGCAACAGUAUAUUCAGCCGCAUACACUGCUGGGCCAAUGGCACAUUUGUCUAAAGUUACCAGAGGGUUGGGUAAAGGAUAAUAAAAUUAUUUUGAGACACCUGAUCAAACACUAGUACCACUCCACCGCCACUGCGUCUACAACUUAACCAAGCAAUCAAGUAUGUGCCACUUACCAGAAGUUCACCCCAAUCUGUGCAUCCGACGCAACUCAGGGCUGUUUAACGUUUGACUUUGACAUGUCACUUCUGUGGUGAAUGUGGGUAUUUCUGCAUGAGAGGGCCUCUGCAUGAUACUGUUUCAGACAGUGUAGUCCGGCCUUGGCUUGAAAGUGGCUGUGGAUAUUUGCCCAUCAUAGCUAGCCAUAUGAUGGGCAGACACAUUUUCAGAAAAAGACUGAUAACAGAAGAUCUACUCGGUUGUUUAAUAUCACCCCCGAUUGGUGCGUCGGUACUUCAGAGACCAAAUAUUUGUAUACAUCCUUUUAAACAGUCCGUUUUACCCACGAUGUCUCCUUUAAACAUUCUGUCUGAUUCAGAGGCAGGAAGCAACAGACUGCCUCUGUGGUAACCAACAAAGGUUCUAAUAGCAGUUGGUUCACCAAGUCAAUGGGAAAGAGCAAAAACUGUUCAGAAAAGUAGAAUUCUGAAGGUGAUUAGAUGAAGGCCAUGUGUCACAUCCGUCAAAGUUACAGAAUAAAGUACAUGCAUGGUUCCGGUUUUGACAAGCCAUCCACUCAUUUUCUACGGCGCUAAUGAGAGUCAAUGGUAACUUGAGCCUAACCUAGCUGACUUUGGCUCAAGAGGUGAGGCGCUAGUGGCCAGCCAAUUGCAGAGCACAUACAGUAAAGACAAACAACCACUUGCACUCACAUACACCUAUGGACAAUUCUUCAAUGGACCCGAAAGUGUAUGUUUUUGCAAUGUGAGACGAAGCUGGAGUACGUUUUCCAUCUUGUAAAAUGCAGCAUCAUUAUCAUUUCAAUGGAGAAAAUUGAUUUGUUGUACGAGUAAAGUAAGUUUUGAGCUUGGUCACGGAACAAAUUCAACACGUGAAAUAAACUCAAGCGGGGCUGGACUGAUUAAUCGGUUGAUAUUCGUCCUUUUCAAAUCAGAUGGAUUUACACAUUAACACAUUACAACACAAGACAAAGAUAAUGACAGUUAAACAUAAAAAAAAUUGGCCAAAAUUGGCAAAAGUAAAAUCGGCCGAUUUUUCUCUCUGUUUUAAAGUUAAACAAAUGCUAAAGAACAGUUGCUAAAGUAUUGUAAAACUGUUUAAUCUUCUGCCUAUAAUUCAUAUCUUUAUUGUUGUAAGCAUUAAGGGACCCAAAAAAAUUAUAUAUUCUUUAAAUUAAUUGGCGGAAUUUUGCCAAAUAUAGGAAUCGGCAUCAGCCGCAAAAUUCGGUCGGGCCGUACUCGUUUUUUUUGUUGUUUUUUUUACUCAUUUGAACUACGUGGGAUGUGAAAACCUUAAAAUGCCUGGGAAUGCUAAUAUGAACUUUGUGACAUAAGGCCGGGAACGCAACCAGGAUGAUGAGUGCUCCAUCCAUUUUUGGACCGUUGCAUCAUUGCAUCAUCUUGGCCCCAGCAGGACGUGAAAGCAAUCAAGUGCAUGACUAGUUCACUUCAGUUAAAUUUCUCGUGGUGUUUUCUUUUUGCCAGCUGUCAUGUCACAUAUUCUUAAUGAGUCUGCUGUGUGGCACAUACUGAGUCAACUGUCAGUCCACAUGGGUUGCUGGCAGAGUGGAAGGGGGUGAGCAUGGCACGGCCCACCACUGACUGCCAUCUGCUAACAGGACAAGACUGGACAUAUAUAUAUAUAUAUAUAUAUAUAUAUAUAUAUAUAUAUAUAUAUAUAUAUA